AUGCGCUGCGUGAUGCUGCAUGCCUUGCAGAGCAUGUGUGGCCAGAUGUACCCAUUCCAGCCGGUGCGCAAUGAGAGAGGAGACUUUGUCAACAUCAUUCUAGUCCGCUCACCCUUUCGGUCUAAGCGCCAAGAGAAGUUGUUUCAGCAGUUCAAGGACGAGAUUCUGUUUCUGGGCAUCAGCAGUUGGGAGGACUACCCACUGCCAGCACCGAACCCAUUCUCUGAGUCGUUCCCGAAGGACAAGUUUGUGGGACUAUUCCCGGGUUUUCUCUACAUGCACCGGGAACCAGAAAAGGUCUUCCCAAGCCACGUCAAGCUCCUCUUGCUGUCGCAAUCGGAUUUUGCCUUACCUGGUCCUGCAAAGGCUGUUCCAAAGAAGUACGACUUUACCUUCUCAGGGUCGGACCAAGAUGUUGAACAGGACUGUGUGGGCUGGUCUUCCUUUGCCAAGAACUGGACCUUCGCAAAGGAGGCAUUGGAGGUCAUGUGUGGCGACCUGCGCAUGACAGGGGUCCUGGUGGCCACCAAGAACAAGCCAGGCUGGGUGCACGUUUGCCUGCGGAGCAAGCUUGAGACAGGCAAGUGGUGUUGUCAGUCAGGAGACAGGCACCAACAGUGCCUAGACACACCCGUAAUCUUCAUGUACCAAGCGAGUCCCUUCAUCAGUGGGAAGGCUCGGAAGAAGCUGAGGUACUACAGUUUUUUUGCGCGCUUUGCAGUGCUCAUCUAUACGCAUUAUGGACUGGAUGGGCGAGAGAUCGGCACCAUUGGCCUUCUGAGCAUUUUGGCAAGCAUCCCUGCCUCGUCAUUUUGGGGCUUGGUUGCGGAUCGCACUGGUCGAAGGAAGCUGGUUUUGGCCUGCUGCUUGGGCACGGCCGCUGCUUUCCAGACCCUGCUGUGCUUGGCUCCCUACAUUCAGGACCACACUUACCGAUUCAUUUACUGCUGCGCGAUGAUGAUGUGUUACACCGCUGCACGGGGGAAUGACUACGGCCAGCUUCGAGGCAUCACCAUGAGAACCUUGGAAAGAUUCGACCGUCAAGGGGCCUACGGAAAUCUUCGCUUGUGGGGUGCCGUCUCAUGGGGCAUUGCUCAUCCGGUCCUUGGGUGGCUCUUGGACGUGGAGCAUGGGCAGCUUCAGCUUCUCUUUGUCGGAAAUGCACUAAGCGCCCUGCUGGCCAUAGCCUGCUUCUCCUUACUUCUGCAGUCGCGGUGGACUGACGAGGGUGCGUCUGCCAAUGGAAGCUCUGAGAGCUCAGAGCGCCGCCAGAAUGAUGCAAAUCGCACGAAUCGAGCGUGCAUGGAGCCCCAGCCAAGGCAGCGAGCCUCCGUGCGUGCACUGUUGCAGAUCAUCUACUCGAAGCCAGAGAUGAUUACAUGGCUUCUCUGUGCUGCAACCCAGGCCAUGGGUAUGCAACAUGUGUUUCAGUUCCUCUUCCUGUAUAUGCAACAACGCUUUCACUCAACAGACAUUUUGAUGGGAUUCAGUGUUACAGUCACAGUUGUUUUCGAGAUCCCAAUCUUCGCUGUCAGUGAAAAGAUCGUCCCGAAGCUAGGACCCACGAUCCUCAUAGCCAUAGCCAUGGGAAGCUUCGUGGUGCGCGUGCUGGGCUACACGGUUGUUCCUGGAGCAGCUUGGCUGCUUCUGCUUGAACCGCUUCAUGGUGUGACCUACAGCUGUUUCACACUGGCCACGGUGCAUUACUUGAACGAGCACGUACCCAUGCACAUGAUCUCCACUGCUCAGGGAUUCAUGUCGUCCAUCACAGCUUGCGGGGCUGCAGCUGGGGCUGUGCUGGGAGGGUGGGUGAUGGAUCUUCCGAACGGGGGCUUGAUUCUCUUCCGUUCGGACACCAUCAUUAUGGCUUUGGUCAUGGUCUUAUUCCUUGCAUCACAGAGACAUUCCUGUCGGCGACGCGAAGCAUUGCUGGAUGGAGAGGACGAGUUCUUUGCCUAUGUGAAGCUUAACUCAACCUUAUCGAAAUCAUCUACUGCUGCUGCAAGGCCUUUGCUCAUGAACCGGAACCUCAUAGGCGCAUCGGGUUUCUGA